CCGGGCCAUGGCGGGGCUGCUCCGGCGCGCCCUGCGGGCCGUGCCGCUCCUCGCCCGGGCCCCGCGGCGGGCGGCGGCGGCGUGGCCCGGGGACCCGGAGCCGCCGGAGCCGGCGCUGGAGGACACGCAGAGGGCGCGGCGGCGGCGGGCGGCGGCGCGGAUGGAGCGGCUGCGGCGGGAGCUGGGCGGGGGGCGCGGAGCCCCCGAGCGCGUCCUGACCUGGCAGGCGAUGGAGCAGCUGCGGUUCCUGCGGCGGGAGCUGCCCGAGGAGUGGCCCUUGGAGCGCCUGGCAGAAGGCUUUGGCGUCAGCACGGACGUGGUGCGGCGGGUGCUGCGGAGCCGCGGCUGUCCCUCUCCGCAACGCCGCCUGCGGCAGGACCAGCGGGCGCUGAGCGCCGCCGCCACGGCACCGGCACCAGCACGGGGGGCGGGGGACAGGCGCGAGGUGCGCGCCCCCGACGGGACGCUGCUGUACCGGCUGCCGCGGGGCUGGGGCGGGCCGGGGCCCGGCGCGCAAUAAAUGCACUUGGGGCCCGCC